AUGUCUUACAAUCACCGAAUGAGUAUGGGACCGAAUACCCAACAGCAGAAUCGAGGCAAGAAGAAGGAAGAUGAGAGUGAUGCUUUUAUGCGCCUGCCCGAGAAGGAAAUAGCAGGAUGUAUAAGUGAUAUCGGAGUCCCAUUCACUGUCGCAGAUCUGCAGAAACCAAAUCCAAUGCAAAUACAGAUGAUCUUUGAGUUAUUCGUCGAGGUACUUAUGAACGCAACUCGAGAGACCGUCGACCCAUCUAUGCGCGCGGCAGCGGAAGAUAUCUGCGGAGAGUAUAUGGACUGCAUCCCGGCGGAAACGCGAAAUCUUAUGGGUUUCUACAUGAGCUUGCGCAAACUCUUAGUCGAAUGCGGUAUUGAGGAUUUCUCAUUCCAAGACUUGUUCAAGCCAACAACAGAUCGCUUGAUCAAGAUAUUUUCGUAUAUUAUCAACUUUGUGCGAUUCCGGGAGAGCCAAACAGGUGUUAUCGACGAGCAUCUGAACAAGGUGGAGAAUACGAAGGUCAGGAUAGAGACUCUGUAUAUGGAGAAUCAGGAUAUGGAGGCACGUCUGGAAGAGAUGCAGCGGAAUAAGAAGGCUAUGGAGGCAGUUGUUCAGGAGAAAGUGAAGCGGAACGAAGAGCUCAAGCAACGGCUGCUCCAAUUACGGCAAAGUCAGGAGAAGGUCACGCGUCGUUUCGAGAACGUUAAGGUCAAGAAGGGCGAAAUGACCGCGGUCUUGGAGGAUAAGACUGCGACCACCAUUGCACUGAGGCAGGAAAGUGCGAAACUGAAACCUUACGUACUCCAGUCGCCAGCUGCACUCCAAGAAAAAUUGACCCAACUAAGCAAUGAUUUGAACGCCGAGAAAGCCCAGAUUGACACCUUGGACCGACGCGCCCGUGGCUUGCAAACAUCCACAGAUACCUUCUCCGUUGUGGCUUCGGACGUAGCAUCCUGUAUAAAGCUCUUGGACGAGAUUUCCGCGGAACUGGCGAAGGAGGAGGAGGAGAACGUAAGGAUUGCCAGACAGCGGGAUGCAUUAGGGGAGCGGGGAAACAACGUUCGAGAGGUAGAGAGAACGGAAGGGUUAUUGCAGCGUCAAUUAUCAAAAUGGCUGGAACGGACCGAAAAGUUGAGGGAAGGAAGCAAGGAGAAGGCUAUGAGUGCCAAGGAGAGAAUGGAAGAGCUACGUGCUGUGCACAGGAGGCUUACUGAAGAGAGAGGUGAAAAAGGGAAGGAGAUGGAGCGGAGGAGGAUGGCCGACUUGAAGGAGAACAUCGAGAACGAGAUUCAUAGCUCACACGACGAGUUUCUGAAGAUGGACUCGCACAUUAAGCUAUACAUCACUGAGAUGGAGCAAUCGAUUUGA